AUGGCUGCUGUGAAUUCGUCAGAGAGACGCCAGGGCGACCCCAACGAUGAGCUGGGGGACCCGGGGGAAAAUACCCACAACACCGACGUUUCCUACAACAAGCAGCGGCAUUUUGAUUGGUCUGAGACGGAGGACGAGGAAGACGGCACGGAUGCAAAAGAGAAUGGAAACGAUGGGGGGAGGAGGAAGAGGAAGAAGAAGGAAGAGGGAGGAGAACAGGACCAAACAGUGAAACGGAGGCAAUGUAGUUUGGAGUGCAAAGACUGUGGGAAGAGGUUCACCCGUCGGGAGACAUUCAACCUCCAUCGUCACUUUCACGCUCACCAGGAUGAACUGGCCUCACUCACCUGUAAGGAGUGUGGCCUUACCUUCCAUCACCGCAGCAGCCUCAUCAAGCACCGCAGUGAGCACCAACAGAAGGUUGAACAGCCUGUGGAGCGGAAGAGGAGAAGGAGCCCACAGGGAGUCCACAAGGAGGAGAGGGCAGGCUUCCAGUGUGACCACUGUGAAGACACUUUCCCAUCACUGAGCAAACUGAGGCUCCACACCUGCAACUGUGCCCCGGAUAAGGCGUACCGCUGCCCCCUGUGCCGCAAAGAGUUCCGCAUGAAGAUCUCCAUCACCAGCCACAUGCAGACCCACUCCCUGAGCUCCCACCCCUUCCGCUGCCAGGAGUGCCACAAGAGCUUCUCUGACAUAUUUUCCCUGCGUGACCACCAGGGCUCCCAUGCCUCCCUCAAGCCCUACGCGUGCCCCGAGUGUGGCAUGGUGUUCAGGCACCGCUCUGUCAUGGAGGACCACCGUCGUAAGCACACAGAGGACACACAAGGCCCCCACCGGUGCAACAUCUGUGGGAAACACUUCAAGUAUUCCAGCCUCCUGCAACAGCACCAAUACCUUCACACAGGCCAGAAACCGUUCCGCUGCCCAGACUGUGGCAAAACGUUUGCCUUAGCCCAGAACAUGAAGGCGCACUGCCGCCAGCAUAGACGGCACCCUCACACCUGCUCUCUUUGCCCCCUCACUUUCCCCGACCAGGGCAGUCUGCAGGCUCACGUGUCAUGCCAUGAGACAGUCGGGGGUCUAGACAAGGAGAACACAAACCACUGGGUGGAGCCAAAACGUAUAUUCAACUGUCCCCUCUGUCCUCAGAACUUUCCUUCACCAGCUGACCUGAGGGCUCACAUGCUGAUCCAUGAAGCAGAGCAUGAGAGGAUGGAGAACGGGGCGUGUAAAGACUGGGAAACAAACCGUUACACCUGUCCACACUGUCCUGCCACCUACUCUGACCAGUCUAAUAUGAUGGCCCACCUGACAACUCACACGUCUGCCCGGGUCAGGGUAGAGAGACAGGGUAAUGGACUUGAAGUAGGGAGAUCUGCUCCACUUAACACUGCCAACGUCCCAGGGAGGUGGCAUAGGGAGGAGAUGAGUAGUAAGCCUUUGAAGUGUCCAGACUGUGGCAAGUCGUUCCGUCACCGCUCUGUGUUAACGUUGCACAUGCGUAUUCAUUCCAAGGACAAGCCUUACCAGUGCAGGGUGUGCAACAAGUCCUUCAGAUUCAACAGCUAUCUGCAGCAGCACAUGAUCAUUCACACCGGGGAGAAACCAUACAAGUGCCCAGACUGCAGCAAGGACUUUGCUUUCCUGCAGAACAUGAGAACCCAUCAGAGGCUGCACACACAGAAACCGUUCCGCUGCACAAAGUGCCGUAAGGGAUACAGCGACGAGAAUCAGCUUCAGCGCCAUUUGCUGUCACACAACGGCGAAAAGCCCCACAAGUGCCACCUCUGUGAAAAGAGCUUUGGGCUGGCCUACCUACUGCGGGACCAUCUGAACACCCACACAGGCGAGAGGCCCCAUCGCUGUCAGGAGUGCCACAAGACAUUCCCCUGGCUCGGCAGCCUGCUGGUGCAUCAGAAAAUCCACGCUCGAAAGCGCCAGGGGUCGAGUCAGCCUUAUUCUUUUCCAAUGGCCAUGAGGAUAAGAGGCAGGGGUAGCAGGGGCCGGAGCGGAGGCAGGCUGGCAUCAGGCUGUCCCAGGUGGGGUGGAAUGGGGCAAUCAGGUAUGGACACGCCCCAACAAACACCUCCAUAUCAAGUCCCAAUGUCAAGGAGUCCUGAGUGGCAGAGGAGGCCGGCCCAGCCACAGCCACCCAUGUUUUCAUCCCAGAUGGAUAUGCAGCAGCCAGGGGAGACGUCUGCGAGAAGGCCUCCACCAGUCCACCAACAGUGGCGGGUAGAAGGUGGAGAACUGAGGCCUGUCCCACUGCCCAACCAGUCUCAACCAUCUCAGGAUCCUGAAAGACAACCAGCGCAUGUCCAACAGCAGCCAUCUCCACAAAUACAGCCACAGCAGGUACCACAGUCUCCACUGAUACAACAACAAGUGCAAUUACAGCUACAGCUACAGCCACAUCUACAUCCGCAGCUGCGCCAACAGCAGGUUCAGCAUCAUUUACAGUCUCCGCUGAUCCAACAGCAAUUACAGUGGCAGCAACCAGGUGGACAGCUCCAGCCCCAGCUAGUACCACAACAGCAGUGGCAGCCUGCCAGACAGUUGCUCCAGCAAAAGCUGCCCUGGUUACCAGAUGCUCAGCCCCGGCCCGCCCCACCACAGCAACCCCAGCAGUGGCUCUCAGAUGGCCUGCCUCGGCCACCCCACAACAACAGCAGAGGAAUUCAGGCAGGGCAGAGGCACCUACAACAUCACAGCCUGGUCUUAGUGCAUCUCAGAGCCUAGAAACCCCUCCUCCAGGAGAAAGUGGAGGGACCAUGCCCUUAGGUAACAAAACACCACCAGUGGCCAGGCCACAGAAUCCCAGCCCAUUAGCUGUGAGUGAGCAGGAGCAACACAGGCAACAGCCGAAGCCCAUGAGCUGGGGUAACACACCCACUACACCACCAGUCCCCACACUGAGCUCUGUUCAGCUUGACUUCCCUGGGUCCCCCAUUUACAUGGAUGGGGCUGCUUUGUGGGGUGGGCUGAGGACCUCUCCAGCAGUGCCACCAUCCCAGAGCACUUUAAACAAGCUGGGCCAAGAGCUUAAGUUACCAAGAUGGUCGAGCGUCUCAGUGCCAAUGCAGAAAGCUGUUAAUGAAUCACCCACACCUCCUAGAAAAGAGGACACUAGAGUUUGGGACUUUAAUGCACCUCUGGUAAUGUCCCCAACUGUAAGUUCAUCAGAGAAAGCUGGGAGUGGGCGUGAGCAGCAUAAACAGUGGUCUCCAGCUCUACUCGGUACAUCCUCCUCAGCUCAGAUGAGCCACAGCUCUGUCAUGUCAAUUUCAAGCCCUCCAACUCAUGGGAUUGGAGGUAGUCCCUGGGAUUUCAAAGGAUCCCACUCAAACAAAUCAGGCCUUAGCCAGGAGUUAGAGCAGCAGCAGCAAAAACAUCUAUCCUCCAGCUGGACCAAUGUACCCACAUCCACCAGAAUGUUCCCAUCUCCAUUCAAUAUGACCCACAACGUUUCACUCAUGGGGUGGGACCCACUGUGUGGGGUUUCCAAACCACUCCAGCUGGCCCGCAGCAGCCAAUGGUAACAGGCACUCAAAUCAUCAUAAAUCAGACCUCUCCUUUCUUCUCUCCUCUCCCUCCGCUCCCUCCUCUUAGUUUGCCUGGCUCACACCCUCUUCACUCUGUAGCAGUCGGCUCUCUACCAAGGCCUCCACACCCAAACAUUUUCUUCACGCCACAGGCUGUCAUGAGUGAGAGGCCACACAUGACACAGACCCUGUCGCUACCUCAGCUCGCCCCACGGCCUGUUCCUCACAAACUGGGCCGUUUGCCUUACGC